GCGUGCAGCAAUGCGAAGCAGGAAGCGGUUGAAAGCGAGCAGCACCUGCAUGGAGAGGAUAUCGUAGUACUUAUUCGUAAUUGUUCUGACAGACUGGAACCUUUGGACCUGCUGAUACACCUGUGAUACACCUGCGUGUCUGUCCUCGGGGCUGAUGAUGGACCCACCACACACAGACUUCUUCUACUGCUGCGGAGCCGCCACGGAGCUGCUCAGGUUUGGAUCCUGCCCCCUAACCUCUGCACACAAGGUGCUCUUCCUCAUCAUCCCAGGUAACCCAGGUGUGGUGGGCUUCUACAGGACCUUCAUGCAGACGCUCCACAGCAGGUGUGGCUACCAGCACCCGGUGUGGGCCGUAAGCCACGCCGGCCACUGCGCUCCUCCGGCCUCCAUGGACAUGAUCGAAGACGGCGCCUCAGCGGCGGAGGACGACGUGUUCGGUCUGGACGGGCAGGUCGAACAUAAGCUGGCUUUCCUCAGGAAUCACGUUCCCAGAGAAACCAGCCUGGUCCUGAUCGGUCACUCCAUCGGCUGCUACAUCAUUCUGGAGAUGAUGAAGAGAAAUCCUGAGAGGAAGGUCCUGAAGGCGCUGCUGCUGUUUCCCACCAUCGAGCGCAUGGCUCAGAGCCCUCAGGGGAAGGUCAUGACCCCCGUGCUGUGUCACAUGCGUUACGUGGUCUACCUGCCCCUCUUCCUGCUCUCGCUGCUGCCCGACAGGCUCAAAGUCGGCCUCAUCAGACUGAUGCUGGGGGGAAUCCGCUCUCUGGACCACACUGUGGUGCAGCCCACCCUGGGUCUGCUCAGUGGAGACUCUGCAGCCAAUGCCAUGUACCUGGGCGGGCAGGAAAUGAGGAAAGUUCUAAAAAGAGACGACACGACUAUCGGGAAACAUCUCGACAAGCUGAUAUUUUAUUACGGAGCGACCGACCACUGGUGCCCGGUGCACUAUUAUCACGACAUCAAGCGGGACUUUCCGCUCGGCGACUUCAAGCUGUGUGAAAACGGCUUCCGUCACGCCUUCGUGCUGGACGCCGGACGAGAAGUCGCCGAAAUGGUGUUUGAAUGGAUCCGUGAAGAUUUACGGAGCCGAGUUCCCGGUGACCAAAACACUUCAUUCGGUGCCUCAGCUGGACGUUUGUAACGAGACCACAGAGCCGAACCAGAGGUUCACGUUGUCUUUGUGUAAUAAGAUGUGCAGGCGUGGAAGCUGUACAAGUUUGUGCUCAGUGAAAACACUAAACACAGCAUCAGGCUUCAGGGGCCACAUGCUUCCAACUCUUAUAUCCUGGCUAAUCACAUAAAAAUGUACAACGAUGGCAUGAGGGCGCUCAUCAUAGAGACCAAACAUUUAUUAAAGUUUAGAAAAUUUACAGUGAAAUUUCAAAGAAGUCCAGAUGAAGCCGCAGAUGUGAGGAACAGUAUUUUUAAUGCAUGUGAAAUAACUGCUGUAAUAUUAACUGUUGUUUAUAAUUGUGGGAAUAAAUGAAAACUUAAUUUAUUAAACACACAGAUUACAA